CAUCGAUGACACAGUUGGAUGAGGAUUAUUUGGGCUGACUGUCCGUUCCUUUGGCUUAAAGUGGAAUUUGUGGCCUUCGUCCAGUCGCUGAUUCUCUCUCGUGCCGGGGAACCUCAGGGAAAUGGAUGCAGCCCAUCGGUGGACUUUUAAACGGCCAUUAGCAGGAAGCUAUCCCCAGUUAGCAUGAAGCUAAAGAUGGGGUCAGGUGGAGCAUCCUUCAUCAGACAGUGGUGGUUGUGAGGGACAAGAGUAGACUCAGUUAAAGAGCUAUACCAAUAGUCCCGCUGCAGAUCCACACCAGAGAUGACCACCGAGAAGAUCGAAUACACCCCCCUCCAAGGGGGACCCUCUCCACCUUUUCUCUCGGGGCAGCCUGCACUCUCGGGGCAGCCUGCACUCUCGGGGCAGCCUGCACUCCCGGGGCAGCCUGCACUCCCGGGGCAGCCUGCACUCCCGGGGCAGCCUGCACUCCCUGCUGCGUUUGACAUGAACAUGCCCUGCCCAAACAUGUUCGGAGGCCCUGCUCCUGGCGGCCUUCCUUUCCCUCCACCGACUGCCUUUGGACCAGGCGUAGUUGGAGGCUUUGGGGCGGCCACAAACCCCCAAGGCGGCAUAGGAUAUGGCUUCAAUCCGUCUUUUUCGCCAUACUCUCCACCAGGCCAGGAAAAUCCUUCAUCUUUGCCGUAUUCUCCACCAGGUUAUGGCAAACCAUCAGCUUCACCAUAUUCUCCACCAGUCCAGAGCUUCAAUGCAAACUUUGAUGAUGGUGAUUUCCCCAACCAGGACGACCCACCCCCCUUCCACGAGAAUCAAGACUUUGAUUUUGGAUUAGACAACAAAACCAUCAGACGAGCUUUCAUUCGAAAGGUUUUCUUGGUGUUAACUGCUCAGCUGAUGGUGACAUUUGCCUUUGUGGCUGUCUUCACCUUUGUGGACGAAGUCAAGGUGUUUGUUCUGGUGAACACCUGGACCUACAUGGCCGCCUACGCUGUGUUCUUUGUGUCCGUUUGUGUGAUCAGCUGCUGUGGGAGCGUACGCCGGAGACACCCUUGGAACCUGGUUGCAUUGUCCAUCCUGACCCUGAGUAUGUCCUACAUGGUGGGAAUGAUCGCCAGCUUCCACCAGACCGACUCAGUAAUCAUGGCAGUGGGCAUCACAGCGGUUGUGUGCUUCACAGUGGUCAUCUUCUCUCUGCAGACCAAGUACGACUUCACUUCCUGUCAUGGCGUGCUUUUCGUCUGUUUAAUUGUCUUGAUCUUCUUCGGCAUCCUCUGCAUCUUCAUCCGUGACAGGAUUCUGCACAUUGUGUAUGCUGGACUGGGAGCUUUGCUUUUCACCUGUUUCUUGGCGGUCGACACCCAGCUGCUGCUUGGCAACAAGGAACUGGCCCUGAGUCCGGAGGAAUACAUCUUUGCUGCUCUCACGCUGUACACAGACAUCAUCAACAUCUUCCUCUAUAUUCUUGCCAUCAUUGGACGAGCAAGAGGGGGCUGAGCAGGAGGAACUCAAUAGCUUUGAGUUCAUGUAUAAAAGUGAAUUCCUAUAAUCAUUUUAUUUUGGCUUGUAGUGUGCAUUGAUCACAUCGUUGGAUAUUUCUUUGCUUAACCCUGUGCAAAUAUUUUUCUUUAAUGAUAAUAUAGAUUUUAUAUGUUGUAAUUUGGGGGGGUUAUGAGGUAUAUGUCCUGUGGUACAAAACUUCAUUUUGAUUUGGAAAAUAAUUUCUUUUGCUGUAUGAAAAUUGACAAGAUGGUCACAGCUCAAACUUCCUUGCUUAUUCCAGUGCUUUUGCCUGUAUCACACAGUCUUUAUCAGCAGGAGGUGACUCUCUACAUGCAUCCUUAGUAGCAGUUAUAUCAUCUAUUGCAGCUUUAGGAAAAAUCUAGUAAAUGAAUCUUGUAUCCAGAUUGUUCUUUUGCCAGAGUCAAGAAGAAACGUUAAUACUUAACCUAUGAACCAAAACCUAUGAAAACUGCUAAUGUUGUAUUGUAUUGGAUGAAACAAGCUCCUGAGCUUGAGUCUUUCUCUGCUGCGACCCAAAACAAGUCCAACUACUACCAGCUGUGUGAUGUGAUGCGGUUGAAAUGCUACAUGCACUGAGUUGGGACACCUAUUUCCAAUGUAAAGGAAAAAACUUUUCAUAGUUAAAUAUGAAGAUGCUUUUCAAACCCUGA